AUACACUCUCUCUUCUCUACUCUCUCUCUCUCUCUCUCUCUCUCUCUAGAUAUGGCGGAAACAUAAUGCCAAUCUUUAAAAACUGCAAAUAAAAUCCAAUCUCCAUUCUUUUACAAGAUUUUGAUAACACUCCCAUUCAACACCCAAAAAAAAAAAUCCACAUUUCAAAUGUCGGAAAAAAACAGUGAAUUUGCAGACAACCUUCUUCUCUGCAACGAAGAAACCAGAGAGUCGUGCUUCGACGAUGACGAUGGCGAUCUUGUCGGAAGCGGCACGAGCUUCAUCAAUGGCGGAUCGGAUUCUCUCUCCGAGCCGCCGUCGAUUCUCUCUCUGGGCGACGAUACCGCCGCCAUUGAUAGGAUGCUAGAGAGAGAAAAUGAUCACUUGCCCAGAGGCGAUUAUCUCUCUAGAUUGAGGAGUGGUGAGUUGGAUUUGGGUUUGAGAAGAGACGCUCUUGAUUGGAUGAUUAAGGCUUGUGCUCAUCACAAUUUUGGAGACAUGUGUUUGUAUUUAGCUAUGAAUUACUUGGACAGAUUUAUAUCUGUGUAUAAUCUACCUGCUGGUAAAUCAUGGGCUAUUCAAUUAGUAGCAGUUGCUUGCUUAUCGUUGGCUGCCAAAUUCGACGAGGUCGACGUACCUUCCCCCGUCGAUUUACAGGCAGGGGAACCGAGAUUCUUGUUCGAAGGAAAAACGAUAGAAAGAAUGGAAGUUCUCGUGCUGAAUCACUUGAAGUGGAAUAUGAAAGCCUACACUCCGUUUAAUUUCAUCGAGCAUUUCGUUACGAAGAUGAACGGCGCUCGAUUUUCGCCGGGGCCGUUGAUUACUAGAUCGAUUCAGAUCAUCUUCACCACGAUUAAAGGUAUUGACUUCUUGGAAUUCAAGCCAUCUGAAAUAGGUGCAGCUGUGGCUGUUUAUGUUUCAGGAGAAAUUCAAGAAGCAAUUGACAUUGAUAAGGCACUGUCAAAUUUCAUACUAGACAAGGGGAGAGUGGUGAAGUGUGUGGAACUAAUUAAAGAUUUGAUACCAAUAAGUGUGAUUAGUGGAUCAUCAUUAGUGCCAAAUAGCCCUAAUGGGGUUUUGGAAGCAGCUGUUUGUUUGAGCUUUAAAAGUGAUGAAACUACAACAAUUGCUUCUUCUUCUUCUUCACCACACCCUAAAAGGAGGAAAUUGGAUUAGGCUAAUUAGUGUUUAAUUAGUCUUUAAUUAGUACAUAAUUAUGAGAUUUUAUUUUGAUGAGAGAGAGAGAGAGAGAGAGAGAGAGAGAGAGAGAGAGAGAGAGAGAGAGAGAGAUGCAAUUGCAUUGCUUUGAGGAUGGAAAGAAAUGCAAGAAUUUUGAAGGGAUAUUUUCUUGUGGUGGAGAGAGGAGUUUUGAACAAAAGAAAAAAAUUAAAUAAUUUUUUUUAAUAUAUAUAUUAAUUUAAAUU